AUGAAGAAGCAAAAGAGAUCAAAGGAGAAUAAAUUGGGAAUGAACCCCAAAAUUAAAGGAGGUGCCCAGGAUGUGUUCUGCAGCUUCACCUCCAAGAAGAUUCAGCCUCUCCCAAAGCUAGUGUUGAGGACUGGCUGGACCAGUAUGAAUGUUCUAGAAGGAGUUAAGAAAGGGAACAGUGACCCUACCCUGCUCUACCUCCUCAGCCUAAGUACAAAGUACUUGGUGACAGUACCAGCCCAGCUUGCCUUCCCCUCCACACAAAAGGUUUGUUUGGAUCUGAGUCCUGGGAACUGUGAUGUAAAAUUCACUAUUACCCUGGAGACCAAGGACAAGACGCAGAAGUUGCUAGAACAUUCCGGAUUGAAGAAGAACUUCCACUGUGUCUCAUUUUCAGUCCCCCCACCUGCUGGGGGUACGGAAGAAGUGGCCACCAUUCGAGUGUCAGGAGCUGGAAAGAACCUCAGCUUUGAAGAGGAGAAAAAAGUUCUGAUUCAGAGGCAAGGGAGCGGCACGUUUGUGCAGACGGACAAACCUGUCUACACCCCCGGCCAGCAAGUGUUUUUCAGAAUUGUCACCUUGAACAGCGACUUCAUUCCAGUGAACGACAAGUACUCCAUGGUGGAGCUGCAGGACCCAAACAACAACAGGAUUGCACAGUGGCUGGACGUGGCACCCCAGCAAGGCAUCGUAGACUUAUCCUUUCAACUGGCACCAGAGGCGACGCUGGGCACCUAUACGGUGACAGUGGCUGAGGGCAAGACCUUCGGCACGUUCAGUGUGGAGGAAUAUGUGUUGCCCAGGUUCAAGGUAGAAGUGUUGGAACCAAAACAAUUAUCGACCAUGGAGGAAUCCUUCUUUGUAAGAAUAUGUAGCAGAUACACAUACGGAAAGCCUGUUCGAGGGGCAGCGCAGGUCUCAGUGUGUCAGAAGGCGUACACUUACUGGUACCGAGAAGUGGACCAGGAACAGCUACCUGACAAAUGCAGACACUUCUCGGGACAGACUGACAAAGCAGGAUGCUUCUCUGCCUCUGUGGACAUGUCCACCUUCAACCUCACUGGAUAUAUGUACAGCCACAGCAUUACUAUUGUGGCUUCAGUGGUGGAGGAAGGGACAGGACUGGAGGCCAAUACCACCCAGGACAUCUACAUUUCCUCAAAGAUGGGAUCCAUGACCUUUGAAGACACUAACAAUUUUUAUUACCCCAAUUUCCCCUUCAGUGGGAAGAUAAGAGUUAGAGGCCACGAUGACGCCCUCCUCAAGAAUCAUCCGGUAUUCCUGGUGAUUUACGGCAUAAAUGGAACCACCAAGCAGACCCUAACUACCGACAACAAUGGCCUUGCUUCCUUCACACUGGAUACGGUCACCUGGAAUGCGACAGACAUUUCUCUGGAGGGCAAGUUCCAACUAGAAGAUGUUGUAUAUAAUCCAAAGGAAGUACCUCAUUACUACCAAAAUGCCUAUCUGCACUUGCGUCCCUUCUACAACACCACCCGCAGCUUCCUGGGCAUCCGGCGGCCAAAUGGUCUGGUGAGGUGUGGUCAGACCCAGGAGGUGCUAGUGGACUAUUCCAUUGAUCCAGAGGAUGCAAGCCCAGACCAAGAAGUCACCUUCUCCUACUAUGUAACAGGGAAAGGGAGUUUGCAGAUGGAAGGGCAGAAGCAGCUGAAGGUUAAAGAGAAAGGACCAAAAGGCUCCUUCUCCGUCUCGCUGACCUUCACCUCCAGAAUGGCCCCUUCCCCCUCCCUCGUCAUCUACACCAUAUUUCCCGGCGGAGGUGUCAUAGCUGACAAAAUUCAGUUCUCCGUGGAGAUGUGCUUUGACAACCAGGUCUCCAUCGGCUUCUCGCCUUCCCAGCAGCUCCCAGGAACAGAAGUGGAGUUACAGCUGCAGGCAGCGCCUGGGUCCCUGUGUGCGGUCCGGGCUGUGGAUGAGAGUGUUCUGCUCCUCAGGCCCGAGAGCGAGCUGAGCAACAGCUCUGUCUAUGGGAUGUUUCCAUCCUGGUACAAUUUCUACCCCUACCAAGUGGCUGAGUAUGAUGAGUGCCCGGCAUUUGGCCCAUGGGACUUUCCUCAACCCCUCAUCGAUCCUGUGCCCAGAGAGGGACUGGGCAGGCAUUCCAUCAUCUGGAGACCCUGGCACUCUGAAGGCGCGGACCUGUUCAGUUUCUUCCAGGACAUGGGCUUGAAAAUUCUAUCGAAUGCCAAAAUCAAGAAGCCGGUAGACUGCAGUUACCGCCCAAAACACUACAGCGAUACCAUGGAGGGAGCAGGUGGCGGUAUUGCCCCAAAGACUGGGUUCGCGUCGCCAUCGCCGCAGACAGAGGGCUCUCAGGUCCGCCAGUACUUCCCGGAGACCUGGCUGUGGGAACUGUUUCCGGUCGAUAACUCAGGAAACCAGGUGGUCCAGGUCACAGUUCCUGAUACCAUCACGGAGUGGAAGGCUAUGACAUUCUGCACCUCGCCGUCCAGAGGCUUCGGCCUUUCGCCUACUGUUGGGCUGACGGCUUUCCAGCCAUUCUUUGUUGAUCUGACGCUCCCUUACUCAGUCGUUCGUGGAGAAUCCUUCCGCCUUACAGCCACGGUCUUCAAUUACCUAAAGGACUGCAUCAGGAUUCAGACUCGCCUGGCCCCGUCAGAUGAGUACCGCGUGGAGUCACGGGCAGAUCGUCAGGCCUCCAGCUGCCUGUGUGCUGAUGAAGCCAAGACCUUCCACUGGGAUAUCACGGCUGUCAAGCUGGGUCAUGUUAACUUCACUAUUAGUACGAAGAUUGUAGACAGCGAUGACCUCUGUGGGGGCCGGAAGGGGGUUGUCCCUAACAGAGGCCGGAGCGACACUCUUGUCAAGCCAGUUCUUGUCAAGCCGGAAGGGGUCCUCGUGGAGAAGACUCACAGCUCAUUGCUGUGUCCAGAAGGAGAGGUAGCUUCAGACUCUGUCUCCCUGGAGCUCCCUGUGGAUACUGUUCCCGACUCGGCCAAGGCUUAUGUCACUGCUCUGGGAGACAUCAUGGGCACCGCUCUCCAACACCUGGAUGGUCUGGUACAGAUGCCCGGUGGCUGUGGGGAGCAGAACAUGGUCGCUUUUGCUCCCACCAUCUAUGUCUUGCAGUACCUGGAGAAGACAGGGCUGCUGACUGAGGAGAUCAGGUCUCGGGCAGUGGGCUUCCUGGAGAUAGGGUACCAGAAGGAACUGACGUAUAAACACAGCAAUGGCUCGUAUAGCGCCUUCGGGGAACAGGAUGGAAAUGGCAACACAUGGUUGACAGCCUUUGUCACUAAAUGUUUUGGCCAAGCUCAGAAAUUCAUCUUCAUCGAUGACAAGAACAUCCAGGAUGCCCUCAGGUGGAUGGCGGGAAACCAGCUCCCCAGCGGCUGCUAUGACAAUGUGGGAAAGCUGCUGCACACAGCGAUGAAGGGUGGUGUUGACGAUGAGAUUUCCUUGACUGCGUACAUCACAGCUGCACUGCUGGAGAUGGGAAAGACGGUCGAUGACUCGAUGGUGAGACAAGGUCUGCAGUGCCUCAGGAAAUCUGUGCCCUCCACUAACAACCUCUACACCCAGGCCCUAUUAGCUUAUACCUUCUCUCUGGCUGGAGAAAUGGAAAUCAGAAGUGCUCUUCUUCACAAGUUAGAUCAACAGGCCACUGUCUCAGGAGAAUCCAUUCACUGGAACCAGAAACCUGAUGUUGCAGAUGCCAGUCCUUGGUCCGAGCCUCAGGCAGUGGAUGUAGAACUUACAGCCUAUGUGUUGUUGGCUCAUCUCACCAAGAACUGCCUGACUCAAGAGGAAGUAGCCAAGGCCACGAGCAUAGUGGCUUGGUUGGCCAAGCAACGCAAUGCAUAUGGAGGCUUCUCUUCCACUCAGGAUACUGUAGUUGCCCUCCAAGCGCUUGCCAAGUACGCUGCAGUUGCCUACAAGCCCUCCGAGGAAGUCAGCGUGCUUGUAAAAUCCACCGAGAAUUUCCAACGCACUUUCAACAUAGAGUCUGCCAACCGACUGGUACUGCAGCAGGAAGCACUGCCCAGCAUCCCCGGAGUGUACACUGUGGAGGCCUCAGGCCAGGGCUGCGUCUAUGUGCAGACGGUGUUGAGAUACAACGUUUUCCCUCCUAAAAUUCCGGAGACCUUUAGCCUUCAGGUGGAAACGGGAAAAGCUAGUUGUGAAAAACUCGCCUUACCCCGGUCCUUGACUCUCACUCUUCAUACCAGUUACGUGGGGAGCCGCAGUUCUUCCAACAUGGCCAUUGUGGAAGUGAAGAUGCUGUCUGGGUUCAGUCCCAUGGAAGGCACCAAGCAGUUACUUCUGCAGCAACCCCUGGUGAAGAAGGUCGAGUUCAGCAAAGACACACUUAACAUUUACUUGGAGGAGCUUAGUAAGAAGACUCAGACUUACACUUUGACCAUCAGCCAAAGUGUGUUGGUGACCAACCUGAAACCUGCAACCAUCAAAGUCUAUGACUACUACCUGCUAGAUGAGCAGGCGAUGACUCAGUACUCUGACCCUUGUGAAUGAGGAUAGAAGCUGGAAGGGGACUAAGUGAACCCUCUGUGACAUUGUGAACAUGACUUUCCUCCUGAAGCAGAAUUCAUUCAAU